AUGCAAACUCUCCCCUUCCAGCACCUUGACCACGUUUUGUUAAUAAUCCCCCUCCGACUAUAUCUCCUAUCCUCGUCGUACGCGCUACUUCUCCUGCUCUCCGCCCGCCUACUGCUCCUCCGCGGCGGAAGCAGGUCCUCCUCCACGACCACGAUCUCGUCGUCGUCGCUCACCGUGCUCACCGUCCUCGGCGCCUCCCUCGUCCGCCUCCGCCGCCUCUCCACGUAUAUCUCGCUAUCGCUCUCCGGCGGCUCCGCAUCCACAAUCAUGGGCCCCGGACCCCGACUGGUGUGGCGCCUACCCUCCCCACCAUCGCGCAUCCGCACCUCGACCGUCUCCCGCACGCGCACUGCCGACCGCGACCGCCGCGACGACGGCGACCCAUGGCCGCGCCGCCUCCGCCCCACCGUCCCUAGCGUGAGCACGGAACUGCCCCCAUGUAGGUCGACGCCCCCUCGUGGCCCACCGGGGCGCUAUGUUGAGGCAUGUGUAUACGACGAAGAUGACGAUGAGGAACCCCGCAAUCGACCCCAGCACGAUACCCGCUACCACUCCCGGGUGCGGUGA